AUGAUAAAAUGUUAUGAAAAAAUACUAAAAAGUGAUGAAAAUAACACUAUUAAAGUAAUGAAAAAAGCAUCAAAAAGUGCUAAAAAAAUAAAUAAAGCAUCAAAAAAAGAAUUAAAAAGCAUCAAAAAAAGAAAUAAAGCACUAAAAAAGUGA